AUGUCUUACAGAAACAUACCCUCUUCUCAGCCACAUCGCCGGCCUCGCUCGUCCCAAGGCCCACCUUCGUAUACUACUACCACACCCGCGGUUGAGUCACCACUGCAACUCAGCCCGAACCCGGGUUUAUCGCAGAACCACCUCUCCAUCCCCGCUCGGGACCCUUCGGGCUUCGCAGAUCCAAAUACUAGUACUGGUCCCGUCCCCAGCAUAGCGGGCGAUUUUGCGAAUCUAAACACAGUUCCGAGAGGUGGUGUUCGUGGCGCGCGCAGCUUCUCGUCUCCGUCGCCGGCAAUUGGAUUGAGUACAGGGCCGACUGGGUCGCCGUUUUUAUCGCCGGGGGUUUAUCCUGCUGGACAACAGUCUUCGCAGAGUCGUGAGCAAUUGGCUGCGUCGGAUCCUAGGUAUAGCACUGCAAGAUCUGUCGCGGUCGGGUCGGAGUACUUGUCGGGGAAUAUGACGCACGAGGCACAUAACUGGGGCUGGCAAGGACGGCCGUCGCAUCCGCAUCUUCAACAGCCGCCUAUAGGUUUCGAUCAGCCGUAUUCACCGCAGCAGUCGGUGUCGCCGGGGGCUUUCCCUAUCGAUUACGAUGCGCGACAAGGUAUGCCACGGAAUUAUUAUCAAUCAUCGCCAUAUCUUUCGGUUCCUAGUCAUGGGCUUCCUCAAGGGGCUCAUCAUCCGAGGAGUGUUUCAAUGUCGUACGCAUAUCCCAGUAGUUCGGUAACUGGGACGCUUCCAUCCAUGUCAGACCAAUCAUUCCUGCCCUCGUGCGUUGUGCUACUUUGCCUAAGAAGGAUAUCCUGGCUAACUGGCGCAGAUCACCCUCAUACUUCGUUCACCAACCCGAAUACUACCUCCCAGAAACCUCACUUCCGUGAGUCGGAUCCAUGCUUUCACUCAACGACGACCAAAACACUGACAAAUAACUUUCUAGAUCCCACGCCCCCUCGAUACCAACAAGCCCACAGCCCCAACACCCAGGCGCAGGCCCAAGUCCAUACUACACCUCUCCCUCACCUGCUCCAACAGCAUCCGCAUCUGCCUCCGCAUCCGCAUCAGCAUCCUCAUCAACCGACCAAGAUCGCCAGGUACGAGUCAUAA